AGUCCAGACCAGGAAGACACAGACAGUGAGGAGUUUCUUACACUUGACAGUUUUGUUCAAGUGAUGCCCAGCAUUGAUUUCUCAUAUGAAGCUGCUAAACGGCGACUGGACUUUAUAAAUCUUCCUUUUAUGCCUCCCAACCUCACAGAUGCUGAACGCCACAUUUUCCUUUCUUCCCUCCUUGAUUUCACGAAUGUUUCCAUGGUCAGAGCUACUGGAGGUUUGUUGAAGUUUCUAGAAAAAAACAGGAUUGGCAUACAGCUCGAAAGUGAAGACUCGAGAAUACCAAUUCUAGGUUUAUCUUCCUUUACAUUGGAGAAGAUUUUAUGGAUGGAUGAAAAUACCUACAGUGCAUUCCAGGUUUUCACCUUACUACUCGCAUUGGCUUCACAUGGGUUCUGCCAUAUAUCUUAUCUCAGUAUAGUUUGGGCAGGAGGGAAAAUUGGUGCAGCCUAUUAUGAUAUUGAAGCAUGUCAGAUCCAAAUGUUCCCAGAUCAGUCAGAAUCUCCACCAGAUUUUGGCUUAGUUAAAAUCUCUUGCACAACAGAUUUUGAAACCGCACACGGCUUCCGAUCUUUUAAUGUCAAUAUACAGUUGACCCCUAAUCGUUGA